ACAGAGCCAAAAAAGGAACAGAAAUAAGAAAAGACUAGUAGUACUCUAGUAGAUUUCUCUCCGUUUCAUUUUCUUCGUCGGUCAAUCGAAAGAUCUUGGAACUUCUGCAAUAUCUCCGAAGCUGCAAAAGGUUUAUUGGAUCUACAGGUGGUGUUUCAGAAAUCGAAGCUCCAUGAAUUCGUCUCAGUUCAUGGAUAAGCAGGUCAUGGGUCUUUCGGGAUCCCAAAACAACGAUUUUUUUGACCUUCUCAAUCCUCAUGAAGAACAAGGCGGUGGCGCGAAGAAAGAAGAAAUCUUGCCCAGCUAUGAUUUUCAGCCCAUUCGACCCACUGGACUUCCUCAAUCGCCAAAUCACGAAGGGAGCAAUGUCGGGGGAACUAGGGUUUGGAAUUCGGCGGAUUCGAAGGCUACCGCAUCUUCUCAAAUUAGAAACUAUGGUUCUUUAGACUCCAUGAAAAUCUCUCCCGAGGAAGACAGGAAGGCCUAUGAUGCAGCAACAGUCUCUGAGAUUGAUCGAACAGUGAAAAAGUAUGCAGAUAAUCUGCUACAUGCAUUGGAAGGUGUGAGUGCACGUCUAACGCAGCUGGAGAGCAGAACCCGCCACCUUGAAAGUUCAGUGGAUGAUUUGAAAUUAUCUGUUGGAAAUAAUCAUGGUAGCACUGAUGGAAAACUGAGGCAGCUGGAGAAUAGUCUGAGAGAGGUGCAAACUGGUGUACAGGUUUUGAGAGAGAAGCAAGAAAUAGUUGAGACCCAGCUGCAGUUUGCAAAGUUUCAGGUGUCAAAAGGAGAUCAGCAAUCUGAAGGCCAAAAUAAUGCUUCACAGCAAGAUUCUAUGCCGCAAACAGCAUCUACUACUCAGCAAUCUUACCAACCACUUACCCCACCUGCCGUUCUUCCUCAACCACCUGCACCACUUCCUUCUCUCCCCCCUCCAAAUGCUCCUCCACCCCCACUGCAACAGAACCCUCCGGUUCAGCUUCCUGGUCAGUUACCGCAAAACCAAAUCCCUUCUGUCCCACAGAGAGAGCCCUACUUUCCAUCUCCUGGUCAGACACCAGAGGCCACACACCAGCAAUACCAACUGCCUCCACCUCAGCAGCUACAGCCACCACCUGGUCCACCUCCUGCACCACAUCAGCAUUAUCAACCAACCCCCCAGCUUCCACAAUACUCUCAGCCACCCCAGCAUCCACAACAACACCCACCUGUUGGCCCUGUUAAUCCAUCUCCUCCACAACUCCAACCACCUAUGGGACAACAUCCUGAAGAACCCCCUUACUUGCCAUCUCAGACUUACCCUCCUGGCAUCCGCCAACCCCCCUCAGUGAGUCAGCCACCAUCUAGUGGAGUUCCUCCCUCCCAACAGUUCUAUGGUCCACCCGCCCAUUUAUAUGAGCCCCCAUCAAGCCGACCUACUUCAGGGUUUUCUCCUGCAUAUGGUCCACCUUCUGGUCCUACUUAUAGCGACUCCUAUCCAUACAGUGGAUCACCUUCUCACUACAGCAGUUCAAUACUGAAAUCAUCUCAACCUCCUCCUCCUCCUUCAGCUCCAAGUGGUGGAAGCAGUUAUCCGCGUCUCCCAACUGCUCAGAUAUUACCACAUGCGCUGCCAACGGCCACUAGCAUUGGCAGUGGAUCAAGUUCUGGUGGGACUGGAAACAGGGUUCCGAUUGAUGAUGUGGUUGACAAGGUGGCAACAAUGGGAUUUUCAAGAGACCAAGUGAGGGCAACAGUGAGGAAACUCACAGAGAAUGGGCAGUCGGUGGACCUGAAUGUAGUGCUGGAUAAGCUAAUGAAUGAUGAAGUCCAGCCCCAAAAAGGUUGGUUCGGCCGGUGACAUGAUGUGUGAUAGCAUCCAACUUGAUUUGUUUUGUAUAAAGUGAUGAACUGUUUCAUAGACCGUCUUUUCAAUGUUGGGUUCUUCUUUGGGUCUGAGUUGGUUGUCAUUUCAUUUCGUGUUUAUGUUGGUUUAUUAUUCUAAAAUAAUUUCCGCAACAGUCGAUGAUCUAAGAUUUAAUUUUGUACUUGUCUAUGCAA